AUGCAGCCCCAGCGACGUCCGCGUGAGUUCCUCACGCCCCAGCAGCUGCGUGAGUGGUACGCUGGUUGGGGUUGUAGGGGUGGCGGCGCUGCUACUGCUACCACUACUGCUGCUACUACUACUAACAGCGGCCAGAUGCAGCUCCUGCAAUGUCCACGCGCGUCUCUCACGCCCCAGCAGCUUCGUGAGUGGUACGCUCAGAGUAGAGGGUCUCUCAGUUCUGUUCGCUGCUCUUACGUGAUUCGCACUGGUGAUCGGACUGGUCAGCCUUGUGGGACACCUAGUCACGCACAGUCCCGCUGCUUCGCCCGUCUGAGCGAUGCCUGGCGUACCGAGUUUGGCGACGAGGCUGAGCUCCCCGACUGGGUGGAGUUGCUUAGGCAGAGGGUAGAUAUAUUUGCUCUUGACUAUGAUGCUAUUCUCACUGCCAUGUAUGCAUUGCCUACUAGUGCUGACCGUGCCGGUCACCUGUGCGUACCGCCUGACCCGGGUAUAGAGCCUGCUACUCUAGCUGCUGGUGAGGCUACUGCUCUGGGUGCUAGUGAGUCUCCUACUCCAGGUACAGGUGCGGCUGCUGCUCUAGGUGCUAGUGAGUCUGCUUCCUCAGGUGCAGGUGAGUCUGCUCUCUCAGGUACCGCGUCGGCACCGGCCUCUCACACCUUCACUCUUGACUCGGUGACUUCCCGCUCCUUCUUUCGAGACCACACCACACUCACGCCGCUUGGUCGGCCAGUUGCAGUCUCUCUGGCAGACCCCUCUGGGGGUCCUGUCCUUGCUCACUUCUCCACUAUCCUCCCGUGUCCUGCGGCCCCCUCUGGCACCCUGUCUGGUCUUUACCUCCCCUCGUUCUCUACGAACUUGGUGAGUGGUGCUGACCUACAGGAUGCGGGGGAUCACCAGUUCACUCCUACGAGUCAGCGGGUGACCCACUGCAUGGAUGCUCGGACAGGCCGACACCUGGCCCCGUUUACUCGUCGGCCGGGGUCGAGCCUGUACACGUUGACCAUUGCGUCUCCUCUAGUCACUGCGUCUGAUCAGGUAGCUGCGUCGGGUCAGGUGUUUGUUGCAGCGUCCAGGUCAAGUCCUGAGUCUACCCCCUGCUCGUAUCGUCUCCUGUCUCACGAGACUCUCCUCUGGCACCACAGCCUUGGUCACCCCUCCCUGCUUCGUCUCCGAAGCAUGGCCUCCUGUGUCCUUGUCUCUGGUCUUCCCCGGUCCCUCCCUCCCCUUCCUCCGGGGCCUGGCCCAACCUGCGUUCCUUGUGUCGAGGGGCGGCAGCGGGCUGCCCCUCACUCCUCUCAGUUUCCUCCGACAGAGGCCCCGCUGCAGACGCUUCACAUGGACGUGUGGGGCCCAGCCCGCGUCCGUGGACAGGGUCACGAGCGCUACUUCCUGCUUGUGGUUGACGACUACUCGCGUUACACCACAGUCUUCCGCUUGCGCAGCAAGGGUGAUAUCACUGAGGUGUUGAUCGACUGGAUCCGCGCAGCUCGUCUCCAGCUCAGGCAGAGCUUCGGCUCUGACUUUUCUGUUUUGCGCCUGCACUCUGACAGAGGAGGAGAGUUCUCCUCUGGCCUUCUGCGAGCCUACUGUCGUGCACGAGGCAUCCGCCAGACCUUCACGCUUUCGGACUCUCCACAGCAAAAUGGGAUUGCUGAGCGCCGCAUUGGCAUGGUCAUGGACGUCGCCCACAAGCUGUCCCCUCGUGCUGCUCCCUGCGUCUUCCUGGGUCUCCCCCCUGACGCGCCAUGGUGGCAGUUCUACCACCCCACCUCUCGCCGUGUUCUGUCCUCCCAGGACGUCACGUUCGACGAGCUGGUCCCCGACAACCGUCUCUUCCCCUACCGCACUCAGUCCCUCCCCCCGCCACCGCUCUUGCUUGUGCCAGGUCCCCCCCCGAUAGACCCCCUCCCCCCUCAAGGUCCUGCCCCUUCAGAUGUGUCCCAGGUAGACGUUGUUGAGCCUGUCAAGGUCGCUGGUGACUCUGGUGCUGCUGAGAGUGCUGAGCCUGGGGGUGCUACGCCUGGAGGUGCUGAGCCUGGAGGUGCUGAGUCUGAGGGAGCUGCGCCUGCUCGUGUGGCGUCUGGCGGUGCUGUGCGUGGCGGUUCUCCGGGUGCCUCGUCUCACCGGGAGCCACUCUCUCCACAGGAGCUGUGUGAGUGGUUUGCCCGGCGCUGGAGGCGAGCUGCUGGAGCUGGAGGUGCUGCGGGUACUGGAGGUUCUGAUGCUGCUGAGGGUGCUGGUGCCGCGGGUCGUGGAGGUGCUCGUACUUGGAGUACUGGAGCUGCUGGGCCUGCGGGUACCUCUGGAGUUGGAGCUGCUGCGGGUGUUGGCGCGGAGGCUACUGCUGUCGGUCCUGGAGGCGGUCCUGCUGGGGUGCUACUGGUGCUGCUGGAGGUACUGGAGCUGGAGGUGCUGCUGGUGCUGGUGCUGCCGCUGGGGCCUGGCGGUUCUCCAGGUGCCUCGUCUCGCCGAGAGUCACUCUCUCCACAGGAGCUGCGUGAGUGGUUUGCCCAACGCUGGAGGCGAGCUGCUGGAGCUGGAGGUGCUGCGGGUACUGGAGGUUCUGGUGCUGCUGAGGGUGCUGGUGCCGCAGGUCCCGUAGGUGCUCGUACUGGGAGUACUGGAGCUGCUGGGCCUACGGGUACUUCUCGAGUUGGAGCUGCUGCGGGUGUUGGCACGGAGGCUACUGCUGACGGUCCUGGAGGCGGUCCUGCUGGAGGUGCUACUUGUGCUGCUGGAGGUACUAGAGCUAGAGGUGCUGCUAGUGCUGGUGCUGUGGUGGGGUUCGCGUCAGCGUCCUCCUCCUGUCCCUGGCACGCAUCGGAUGUCUCUGCGUCCGUCCAUUGCUCCUCUGCGUGCCCCUUUACCUUCUCCUCCUGA